ACCACCAAUUAAAGAAUUGGAGAUGGGUGCUCUGUAUUUUAAAGCGGAUUUAUAUGGACUUUUAAUUCGAUUGGAAAAAUAGAAGAAAGCAGAAAGUAGUAAUCAAUGGAGAGCCCUUUGUUGACCGAGAGUGAGCACAACGUCGACGACGUUACAAUCCACGGCGAUUCUUCCUCAAAUGAUGAGCACAUCGUCCACGUUACAACCAAUGGCGAUUCUUCAUCAGCUGAUGAGAAAACACCGCAUGAGGGUGUUCAAUGGAGUGAAAUAUUUACAUUUACAACUGUUUGGAUUUUGGUCGAGUUUGUUGUGGCUUUGGUCCAGAUUGUUGCAGCCACUGUUGUUCUGACUCUGACAAAAGAUGAACAACAACAACAUCCACAAAAAGUAUUUCUUACACUGAUCAUCGGUUAUACCGGUGGCUGUAUUGCCGCUCUCCCUAUUCUAGGUUUGCGUUUCUGGCAUUAUUACCCAAGUUUUAGCUCAGAGACAAGAAUCUACGAGGUGGUGGACAAUUUGAAAAAGAUGCUUGAAUAUUUCUUCGUGGGUUGGGUUGUGGUGCUUUUAUGGCAGCUUAUCAACAACUCAACAUCUCUAGAUAAUACUACACAACAGUUUUGGUUAUGUAUGGCUUUCCUUGCUAUCAGCUGCAUUCUACAUGUGCUUCCUAAUCUCCCCUGCGCGGCGGUUUGUUUUCUAUAUCCUAUGAUACUACGUCUUACCCAGUCUAUAGACUUCUUUGAUGACAUUACUGAAAAGAUAGAUGACAUUCACUGGAAAAUCGUUCCUUUUGAAGUUCAAAAUGAGCAUCAGGAGCAGGCAAAAGCUAUCUUAGAAGAUAUGAAUGUUGAUGUCAAGCUGAACCCUAUUCCAAAUAAACGAGAACGAAGACCGGGAUUAGACCGUAAGCGAAAAAGCUUUUCUCUUAACCUCACGUCAAGUCAACCACCUCCAGUUGCACCAAGCUUUGAUGGUAGUAAAUAUCCGAGACCUGAAGAUUUCUUUGCUGAGUAUGAUAAAUUUGAACUUGCCAAUCGAGAAUGGCAGAAACAGACUGGCUCCAGUGUAAUAGAUACACAACAGAACCCGCCAUCAAGGCGUCCUCGCAGACCAGGAAUUCCAGGGAGGAAACGGCGUCCAUUCGAGCAUACUUUUACGGAUAGUUAUUUCACUGAUGCUAUCAACCUGGAAGCUUCAGACAAGGAAAACCCCAUUGCUUCUGAACAAUGUUUAGAGAGGACCACAGCUGCACAUGUUACGACUGUGGACAGGGAAGUAGAUGAUUCAACUGUAGACACGGACAAGGACUUAAACAAUAUUUUGAAAGAGUUGCUUGCUUCCAGUCGAGAUGAGCUCGAGGGAGAUGCUGCCGUCAAGCUUUUGGAGGAUCACUUGCAAAUCAAAUCCCUUAAUGUGGAAAAGUUCUCUAUCCCUGAGUUUCAAGAUGUUAGAAAAAUGAACUUGAAGGCAUCUGGAAGUAACCCAUCAAACCGAAAGAGUCUGUCAGAUAUACAGAAUAUACUGAAAGGAACUCACAGAGUUGCGGGUCGAAAAAAUAGCCACUCGCCAUCCCCUCAGACUAGAAAACAUUUUUCAUCACCAAAUCCACCAGUGGAUCAGUUUUCAUUUCCUGACAUCCAUAAUUUGCUUCCAGGAGAUCAACAGCCUAGUGAGGUUGAUGUUCAACCUCUAGCAAAAGAUAUAGCUAAUACAUCCCCGUCUAAUGUGGGUACUGUAGACGUUGCUAGCCCUUUCAACAACUCAGUGGAGAAGAGGUCCGAUGAAGAUGAUUCUCAUAUUCAUUCUGGCAUCCAUAGAUCUCAUUUACGUCCAGAUGGGAAUGUAGAUAUUUGUGUGAUGGAUAGCAUCUCAAACCGAAAUUCAGCCAUGCUAGAGGUGAAUGUAGAUAUGCGAACAACAGGAAAAGAGGUAGAUGUGCCCAUGAGUGAAAGUGGAGCAAACAGAAACACUGGCCAAAGAGAAAAUGAUAUUGAUAUCAAUGAAGAAACUGAUCAUUUAGAAAUGCUGGCGGAAUAUGCAUCUAAAGAGGCUACAAGACCUUUUACUGUAGAGGAGGAUAGCAUCCCGUAUCAGCAAGGUACAUCCUCAAACUCUCCAAACAGAGCUCCAGAACAAUACAACACAAUGGAUGGACCCUCUGAACAUGCAGAGCACAAUCAGGGACUACAUGAAGAGGAAAAUGUCAACACGGACUCCGCUUCUGGACUUCAAGAAAAUGCUCUGCAGGAGGUUCACAACUCUUCACACAAACAAACAAAUAAACUAAGAAAGAGAGGAUCUUCUGAUAGCAAUGUGAAAAAGCGAAGUAAGACUGUGCAUGGUGAGACUGGAGGGGACCCGCAAAUGAAAACAUUACCACAUGAGAGUGGAGUGAAGAAGCAAACCAAAAGAAAAUCCAACGAGAGAGAAGAGAAGAAGCCAAAGAACACGCGUAAAACUCUUACGCGUGAGGGUAAACUAUUCUCUCGCAGGAAAAGCCUUGCAGUUGCUGGUACUAAAAUGGAAGGUGGUGUCAGACGAAGUACAAGGAUUAAGUCAAGACCACUCGAAUACUGGAAAGGUGAAAGAUUCUUAUACGGACGCAUCCAUGAGAGUUUGACUACUGUUAUCGGCAUAAAGUAUGCAUCCCCUGGAGAAGGUAAAAGUGACGUGCGUGCAUGUAAGGUGAAAUCAUUUGUCUCUGAUGAGUACAAAGAGCUGGUUGAUUUUGCCGCUUCGCAUUGAAGAAUGAUAAUCUUAGGAAGGGAGUGAUCAAACAUCCUCUUGUGAUCAUAAUUCUAUUGAUAGCAUCUUGUGUCCACGACCUUCUCUUGGGUCCAAACUUGUCACUGUCUUUCCUUAUAACCGCAACACUUUAAGACUUUGUAAAUGUAACGGAAGUUUUCAACUUUCAA